AUGGAAACCUUCUGCCUACUUCCCCCAGAGCUCCAGGCGUUCACAUUGUACUUUCUGGAAAAUGAAGCGCUUGAUCGCUUGUUUGAGCUCUCCAGUUUACUACGAGAUGGACCCGUCGACAGCCCAUACUUAAUGCUACAGCAUCAAGCACUCUGGGCAAAGUACUAUAGGACAAAUCUUGUGAUGCUGAAUAGCGAAGAGUUUCAGAAGUUUUCCUUGGAGGAGUUGGAAUACCUUGUGGAAAAUGAUCUUAUCAUUUCGCCAUCGGAAAUCACAGUGGUUCUCUUUGACUUCACCGAUUAUACCAACUCCGUCUCCUUCUUGUACACCAUGUUCCGAAAGUACUUCCCGCAACUCAAGAGGUUCACUAGAAACUUCAGCGUGCAGUUGUUGCUCGUGGAGAGUGUGCCAGUGGAAAACACGUUACUCAAGCUGCUAUUUGAGCCUUUAUGCUCCAGUGAGUAUAAUGUCAACUGGUUCACGAUCAAAUACCAUCCAGGGAUGGGGAAAAAGGCAAGAGAUCCAGGGUCAUUACGAUUCCAGCCAAAGGAGUUGCUACAACCGGGAAACGAGAUAGCCAUCACCAAUUUACAAUUGCACUUGUUCAAUUCCACGCAUUUGUUAAAGCAUUUGGUGGAUGAAAGCGGUUGUUUCUACUGCAGUAACCUUAAGUCGUUGGAUCUCUCCUUCAAUAAUAUCACAGACCACAUUCUUGAGACUCUCCGGCUCCCAGCUCUGCUCGAGCACUUGAACCUUUCCAAUAACCUGUUGAAGAUCGUGACAAAUCGCACGUUCAAAUUCCAUCACUUGAACAACUUGAAAAGCCUCAACCUUUCCAAUAAUAAUAUUAUGAAGUUGGAGCUCCACGAUCACCAGAGUACCGAACACGACUCACAUUAUGCAUUGGAGCAGAUUAAUCUCGCAGGUAACUUAUUGACAGGGUACCGAUGUCUCUCGGAGUGCAAUCUCUUUAGAGAAGUGAGGAAUAUUGACCUUUCCAAGAACCUUAUAGAGAAUCUUACUCCUUUUCCCUUUCUGGCUGUCAUGAUUGACGUGAGCGGGAAUUACUUUGCCUUGCACGGUCACCAAAUGGUGGGUGUUUUCCCAAGAGGACUCAGGAAGCUUUGUGUGAGCGCAGCCAUGCCCACCGACCAGUGUUACGGGGAGUUUGCGAGGUUUCUUAUUCUGGAGGCAGAAUUGUGGAACCUUGUAGAGCUACAGAUCUGUGGAGUGAACCCAGAGCUUCCUCGCGAGGUGUUGUGA